UAAACAUUCUACGCUUCAUUUAAAAUGAGUGCUAUAACAAUAAAAGUCAUUUUACUAAUUACUUUACCGGUUUCACUUGCUUUACAAACACGACCUGAAGAUGCUAAAUUGAAUUUCACUGAGCUUGGUGCAAAAUAUGGACAUCCCGUAGAAGAAUAUGAUGUGGUAACUGAAGAUGGUUACAUUUUAACUUUAUUCCAUAUUCCUGGAGAGAUAGAAGGGCCUGUUCUCUUAAUGCAUGGCAUUGCAGACUCUGCUGACACUUUCAUCAUAAGAGGGAACCUUUCUUUAGUCAUCACGUUAGCUGAUAAAGGAUAUGAUGUGUGGGCUGGAAAUACAAGAGGCAACAAGUAUGGUCGGAGACAUAAAUACCUCAACCCUGAUACUGACAAAGAGUUUUGGGACUUCAGUUUUCAUGAAGCUGGUUUCUAUGAUCUUACCGCAACUGUUGAUUAUGUUCUUGAAUCAACUGGUGAGGAGAGCAUAAGAACGAUAGGACAUUCACAAGGAACAACAGCACAUUUCGUUUUACUAUCAACUAGACCGGAAUACAACGAGAAAAUCAAAGGAUUCAUUGCUUUAGCUCCAGUCGCGUUCCUAAAUAACGUGAUCCCUCCUGUAUCAACUGUAACUAAGGUAGGACCAGUGAUAAACGCAUUUCUGAAAUCAUUAGGAAUAGAAGAGUUGCUACGAGAUCAUUCUGCAGCUAGGGAACUCAUAGAACUGAUAUGCAGCCAAGGAAUUAUCAGCUACGCUCUCUGCUACAUUCUCGCCGUUUCACCAUUUGCUGGUUUUGAUCCUAAAAGAAUAGAGUCCGAUUUUUGGGAAGUUAUCACAGGCCACUACCCGGCAGCUACUAGUCGGAAAAGUCUUGUGCAUUUUGACCAAGUUGCUCUUGGUAGAAGGUUCGCUAACUACGAAUAUGGUCCUUCAGAAAAUUUUCGACGUUACAAACUUUUGCGAGCUCCUAGUUACAAUUUGGGGGAAAUCACAACAAAAGUUACUUUGGUUGUUGGACAAAAUGAUGCACUGUCGAGAGUGAAGGAUGUAGAUAUUCUAAGGUCAUUACUUCCCGGAGAUCCUAAAUAUCAUUUGAUGGAGCCAGCACUGUGGAACCACCUGGAUUUUGUAUGGGCUAAUGAUAUGGAUAAAUACUUGUACCCAUAUAUAUUUUCGUCUUUAGAAGAGUUUGAGUUUGAGUGAACAACAAACAAACUGGGUUGAAUUUGAUGAGUACUUGAAGCUAUCGUACCCCUACCGUCUCUUAAUUAAUCUUAUUGUUUAUUUCCGUUGCAACACUUGCAACGCCGUGAAGUAAAAAAUACAGGCAGUGUUUAUAUUACGAUAACGUAUUAAAUCAAAAGUCCAUAUCAACCAUGUCAAAUAUUGUCCGUGCGAUUUCGCAUAGACAUGAAUGUUAUGUUUUCAUUAGAUGUGCCUACGGCGGUUUGUUUGCGACUGUAAUUAUUUCAUAUCACCGGAGAUUUCAAAUUAUUAUAAUUUAUCUACAUCUAUAAGUUCUCUAUAAUAUGCUUAGGAGCGAUAUGCAAAUAGCCUAUGUUAAGAAAUCUGUAAGUACUUAUUAUGUUAUUUCCAAGAUUUUUUUUAGAGUUUAAUUACUCACCAUUAAAUGUGUAAACAGUCGAAUAAAAAGUAUUUUUAAAACUAAAAGAAACUAUUCGUUUUACAUUAGGUACCUACUCAGUUCAUCAACGGGUUGAAUGAAGUGUUUUGAACACUUGUUAUCUUUUGUCAUUUACUUUUAUUUCCUUUGAAUUAUUAAGUGGAGUUACAAAUUAGGCAUGAUUUGCUUUAUAGUAGAAACGUACACUGAGCCUUCGUGUUGUGUGUUUUACUUACCUAUAUCAAAUAUUUGACUAAUAAAGCUUCAUUAAAGUACUGUGA